AUGUCUCCGUCUGUGAAGCACUUCGAGUUCGUGAAUGAGCCAGUGCGUGACAAGCCAGUUUCAGCAGUUGCAGGAAUCGCACACAAACCGUGUAAGAUCUUCGUCGAUCUUGGAUACGAUGGGGUCAAUACUGGAAUACUAAGUGACGUAUAUUCUAUUCGGGCAAUUCCUCAUUUGCAGAAAGGAGAGGUCGUUCAUCGAAUGGCUAUAGAUUAUCCAUUUGAUCUUGAAGAUCCACUGGACCUCAACACUCGUGAAGCGACGUAG